AUGGAGUUUGUUAUUGAAGAAGGGAAGCGAGUGCAUGAAGAAUGCUCGACUUUGAUUCUCCCAGCAUUGUCAAUUGGGAAUGUAGGGCAGCUAGCUGUUGAUCUUCUGGUGUCAUCUACUGGUGCGGAGAGAGUUGGUUAUCUCGACGACCCAAAUCUGCUUCCUUGUGUUGGGAAUGACGCCUAUGGCUCUCUUCCUUGUGGCGAAAUCGCUCUUCCUCUCGAGGUUUAUGAGUCAUCUUCAACUGCUACUACUCUUGCCCAGCAAAGGUCUCCAGUUGCAAAGGGAAUGAUGAUUAAAUUUGCGGAGAAUAUAGCCGAAUUUGCUGCGUCGAGUGGAAAGAAGCAUGUUAUUGUGCUUUCGAGUUUAGACUUCCAAAGGCUGCAUAACUUGGAUAUGUCAAGAGGCCCACUGGUGUAUUAUCUGUCCAAUGCCGAAUCUGGUGGAAGAGACGAUCACUGUGAAAGGCUCGGGUUUGGAAGAUUGAACGAGUAUGAUGCAGAAGGAAGAUGUUGGAAGUAUCUUAGCUCCGUCUUUGAAGAGAACAGUAAAGAAGAGCUGACUUUCCCUUCAGAAGAUGAGCUGGAAGACAUAGACUACUACCCAAGCUUGCCAUUUGCAGCUCUUUUCUCAGCUUUUAAGGCAAGAGGCUUGAAAGUGACAUGCCUCCUAUGCUACUGUUCUGAAGGAGACAACAUCCCUGAUGCAUUUCUUCUUGCAGAGGCUGCAUCUAAGCUUACGGGUCUGAGUCCUGACAAGUUCCACGGAGAAGAAGGUGGGAAAUGGCAGGUACCAUAUUCAUGGAAGAGUAUGUAUGGAGCUCCUCCAGAUAUGUCCAUGUUUUAA